AUGAUGAAAGCGGUCAUACUAUAUCGUCUAAGAUCUAUUAGUGGUAUACAACACGCGAGAUUAAAGUCAACAAUUUAUGCAUUGUCUUCGGGUAAAUAAAUUUCUAUUGAUUUGUAAUUUUAUUCUGAUUUAAAUAUAGUAAAAUAUAAAUUAUGUGUAGCGUAAACUAACAUUUUAUAUUUCACGGUUAUUAAUUAAUAUUUUAAAAAUUGAAGGGCUGACUGUAACAACUGGAUAUGUCAACUUUUACUAAAUGUUCAGUUGACAAAAAAAAAACGUUUUAAAAUAAAAUUCUAUAAUGUAGUACUAAGUAAUAAAAAAUGUUUAAACCCAUAAAUACACACAAUAUAGUUUUUUUAGAUGAUUUUAUAUUAUUUUUUUAAUCAAUACAUGUUGGAUAUAUUCCUUUUCUUAACCAUUAUAUUUACUUUUGUAGAAAAAACUAUAUAGUAAUUUAUAAUGAUUCUAUUCUAUAUCUGUUUUGUCAUUAUAAUUAUUUUAUAUUAUCAAACAAUUUUAUUUCAUUAUCAAUGGGCAAUAUUUCCAAUACAGUGCAACCAUUUAAAAAAUUUAAAAAAAAUAAAAAUGUAAUAUUUAUAUCAACUUGUAGUGACUUUUCUUCUGUAUAUUUAACCCCGAAAAAGUAGACAUAGCCGGUUGUUGCAGUCAGAUCUUCAAUUGUAGUAUGUAUGCAAUGGCAACUGAUUCAUUUUAUUAUGGAAAAAAUUAUAAAUCAAAUAUUCAAAAUUAUCUAGUGAAAAUUUGUAUUGUUUUAUUAAAAUAGCAUAAUAUACUACCUACUAAUUUUUAUUAAAUACAAAUUUACCCAGCAACUGAUUUAAAGUGUUGUAUUGAAACAUCCAAAAGAAAGCCCUCACUGGUAUAUAAAAUUAAAUUAUUGUGUACCUAAUUGUAUAAUAUAGCUUGUUUUGAAUGUGCAUAGGAUGAAAUUAGAUGUAUUUGUUCAUAAAUUGUGAACUAUAUAAUUAUUAUUUUAGGCUUCGGAAAAUGUGGUGUAGCUGUAAUUAGAGUGUCAGGACCACGUGCUUCUGAUGCUAUACUUAAUAUGACUUGUCUCAAAUAUUUACCAAAACCAAGAAUAGCCUGUUUAAAUAAAAUUAUUGAUCCCUUAACUAAGGAACAAUUGGAUAAUGGAUUGAUAUUAUGGUUUCCAGGUAAAUCUACAUUAAUAUUUAAUAUUGUACAACGGCACAACCAUUGGGAAUAUUUUGGACACGCUCCUCCAUGCGUGUUUAAGCUAUAAAAAUUUAUUAACCUGUGUAUUUUUAAAUAACCAAAACAUUUAACAUUCCUCUUAAAAAAAUCCUGGUUGUGCCUCUGAAAUUGUACACUUCAAUAUUGAUUAAUAUUACUUAACCAUAAAAAAUGUUGUCAUUUUGUAAUAUAUUAGGUCCCAAAAGCUUUACUGGUGAAAAUAGUUGCGAGUUUCAGGUACAUGGGGGCAGAGCGGUCGUUACUUCUGUUCUUCAUGGAUUAUCUAAAUUAUGUGAUUUUCGACCAGCCGAUCCUGGUAAAAUUUAUGAUUUCAAAUUGAUGUAUAAUAGAAUGUUCUUAAUUCUACUCUGUAAAUACCUAAGAGUGUAUAUUUUUUUUUUGAUUUUAGGGGAAUUCACUAAACGCUCGUUUUAUAAUAACAAAAUGGAUUUAACUGAAGUUGAAGGUUUGGCAGAUCUCAUAGAAGCUGAUACAGAGUUUCAAAGGAAACAAGCAUUAAUGCAGUUAGAAGGUUCUUUAAAACAUCUUUAUAGUUCCUGGAGACAAAUUCUUUUAGAAGUAUGUUAUUUAUAUUGGUCCCCUAUAGCACUUAUAACAUAUUGUUAUUUCUAAAAUUGUAGAAUUUGGCUAAUGUUGAAGCUUAUAUAGAUUUCAGUGAAACAGAUAACAUAGAUAUUUUUGUACUGGAGAAUGUCAAAACAAAUUUAGAAAAACUCUCUAAAGAAAUUAAGGUAUGUUUUAUCCCUUUAGAACUUUCAUAAAUCAUCAAUAUAAUUGGUCACCUUUAUAGACACAUUUAUUAGACAACAGGUCAGGUGAGCUUUUACGCGAUGGAGUUAAAGUAGCAAUUAUAGGAGCACCGAAUACAGGAAAGAGUAGUCUUUUAAACGCUCUGUGUAUGUAAACAAGGUUUCAGUAUUUAUUUAAAUUAAAUAAUAAUAUAUUAUUAAUUUAGGUAGUAGAGAAGCUGCCAUUGUAACAGAGUUGCCCGGGACAACCAGAGAUCCAAUUCAGGUUUCCCUAGAUGUGUCUGGAUAUUCUGUACUUUUGGUUGAUACUGCAGGAAUUCGUUCUCAAUCAACAGAUUUGAUUGAAGAAUUGGGAAUUCAGAAAUCCAAAGAUAAAGCUCAAGAAGCUGAUAUGGUAAUUUUAGUCGUUGAUGCUCAAUAUCUUCUUGAUGUAAACAAUAUAGAUUUAUGGCUACAAGAAUAUACACAUAAUAUGAAAGUAGAGUGCAAUAAUUAUUUAGUAUAUGUGAAUAAGAUUGAUAUUAUUCCUAAAGACCAAGUCUUCAGACUAGAAAAAAUAUCUCAAGUUUCCAACUGGACUAUAUGUUUUGGUUCUUGCAAAGCUGAUAGAGGUUUGGCGGAUAUGAUGGAAAUAUUUAGAAACAAUUUGCAAAAAUUGUUAGUAGUAUAUUAUAUAUUACAAUUUUAAUUUAUGUUUUACUGUGUUGUUUUGUUUUUACUUAGAUGUGGAAAUCCAAAUUUUGAAAAUCCUCGGUGCACUCAAGCAAGGCAUAGAUAUUGUCUUACAGAAGCUUUGAAUAAUAUUAAAAAAUAUCUUGAAAUAUCUAAAUUAGAUAAUAAUAUUGAUAUUGCUGCACAACCUUUACGUAAAGCAACAGUAUACGUUGGAAAAAUCACUGGACACAUAUCUACUGAAGAAAUGCUAAACAUUAUUUUUUCGAAAUUCUGUAUAGGUAAAUGA